AUGUCGAAAGAACCACUUGACGAAAUACAAUGGAAGAAUCCCGAAUGGAUUCAACAAUUCGGAUUAUUCACUGGAAAUGUGUUAGAUUAUUUUAGUGAAUCACCAUUCUAUGAUAGAACAUCUAAUAACCAGGUAUUACGAAUGCAAUUUCAAUUCCAACAGAUUCCACCUAAUAUAAACCCACAGAAAUAUUUACAGCUGAAACUAGUAGAGAUGACAGGUAUAGAGUUUAUUAUUGCGGCAUCCAGGGAGCCAGACUUCUGGAUCAUCAGAAAACAAAGAAGAUUAAGUCCAAAACAGGUGAACAUUGAACAAGACUAUUAUAUAAUAGGAGCCAAUAUAUACCAAGCACCUAAGGUUUACGAUAUAUUAUCUUCUCGGUUACUUUCGAGUGUAUUAUCCAUCAAGGGUUCGAUGGAAUUAUUAAACAAAAUGAGCAAGUUUAAUAUUCAUGAUAUGGGCCAUUCAUAUCCCACUUUACAAGCCGAGAAAGAAAUAUCAUCCAGUUCUAACACAAUCCCCAAUACCGUGUCAUUGAAUACGGCCACUCCUAUGUUGAACACACCGGCAACCACAUCUAAUAUAAAUUCUAAUGGCCAAACAUCUACGAACCUUGGUUUAAACAACGAAAUACUGAAUCUUGCAUUUGACAAUUUACUAAAUAACGUAAUUAAUUCAUCAAAUGAUGAUACCUAUUUAGAAGAUAUACCUUUAUACGGCAAAGGAAGCACUGUCGAAUCGUUGGGCGUGAAGGUGAACCAGGAUGAAAUAUAG